GUUUGAUCAUUUUUCGUUCAUUCUAUUUGGUUUUCCUUCUUACCGAUCAACAAAAUCUUCCUCUCAAAUAUCAAAUCCUCUACAUAGAGAGUCAACUACUCAUCUUGGCCACUACCAUGGCGAUCAUUUUCCUGGUCCUGGUCUUACUCAUCUCUCUUUGGUUUAUUCUAACCAAAAAAACAUACACUAAAACCCGCCAGAAACUUCCACCGGGACCGAGAUCUCUACCGAUCAUCGGAAACCUCCAUCAACUUGGCAACCUCCCACACCGCAACCUUCAAAAACUGGCUCAAAAACACGGACACAUCAUGUCCAUAAAGCUUGGCACUGUCCCGACCAUUGUCGUCUCGUCGCCGCAAGCUGCCGAGCUAUUCCUCAAGAACCACGACACCAACUUCGCUAGCCGACCCAAAAUCCAAGCCUCGGAGUACUUGUCAUACGGUACGAAAGGACUGGUUUUCGCCGAGUACGGUCCGUACUGGAGGAAUACAAGGAAGCUGUGCACUUUGCAGCUUCUCAGUUCGUCGAAAGCGGAAUCGUUUGCUGAGUUGAGGAAGGAAGAGCUUGGUUUGGCGUUGGAGUCGCUGAAGAAAUCGGCUGCGAAGGGAGAGUUGGUGGAUUUGAGUAGGAAGAUAGGUGAGGUGGUGGAGGACAUAUCGACGAGGAUGAUAUUGGGAAGGAGGAAAGAUGAUGAUCUGUAUGAUUUGAAAGGGAUUGCUGAGGAGGCUUUGAAAUUGGCUGGUGCUUUUAAUCUUGCUGAUUGUGUUCCUUGGCUUGGUCAAUUUGAUCUUCAGGGAUUAGCUAAGCGAAUGAAAAAAGCUAGCAAACUCAUCGACCAAGUAUUAGAAAAGAUCAUCACCGAGCACCAAAAAGACACAAACAACCAGCAUAGGGACUUCGUUGACAUACUACUUCCUUUGAUGAACCAACCAAUGAAUAAUCCCCAAGACAAGCACGUCUACACAAUCGACCGAACAAAUAUCAAAGCCAUCUUACUUGACUUAAUGGUCGCUUCAUUCGACGCGGCAACAACCAUAACCGACUGGACUAUGUCAGAACUUCUAAGAAACCCUAGGGUGAUGAAAAAGCUUCAAGAGGAGUUACGACGAGUAAUUGGCAUGGACCGAAAGGUGGAAGAGAAGGAUUUAGGGAAGUUGAAUUACUUAGACAUGGUGGUGAAGGAGAGCUUUAGGCUACACCCAGUUGUACCAUUGCUAGUCCCUAGAGAGUGCAUGGAGGACAUAAGCGUUGGAGGAUAUGACAUACCCAAAAAAGCAAGACUCAUGGUGAACACUUGGGCAAUAGGAAGAGACCCAAAUGUGUGGUCUAAUAAUGUAGAAGAAUUUUAUCCAGAAAGGUUCAUUGAUAGAAAUAUAGACCUAAAAGGGCACGAUUUUGAGCUUCUUGCAUUUGGAUCGGGUAGAAGAAUGUGCCCUGGAAUGCAUUUGGGAUUAAUAACUGUUCGAUUGGUUUUGGCUCAGCUUGUGCAUUGCUUUGAUUGGGAGCUUCCUGAUGGUAUGCAACCUAAUGAUAUUGGCAUGGAUGAGAUUUUUGGUCUUUCUUUGCCACGAGCCAAUCAUUUGCUUGUCAAGCCCAUAUACCGAUUAGUAGGUAAUGAUAUAUAAGACUGGUUAAAUUUAUAGUUUAGUUUUGUGAAAAAGGAAAUGUUUUUUUUUUUUAAUGUAAUUAUUUGGUUUCAAGUAAUAGGAUGUGUAAGAAAUCAACCUCGAUCAUAAAAAUAUUAGAUUUCAUAAAUAGUAGAUCUUUUCUCAAUGUUUGGCUUUCCAUCCAUGGUGGAUGGUUGUGCCCUAUUGAUCGUGAGGCAGUUUUUCAA